AUGACUUUGCUUAUGGAUGAAUGUACUAAAUGUGGCCGAAUACUUGAAAAAUCAAUGUUUUUAAGUCAAUCUGGAAAUAAAUUAAAAUCUUGUUCUAUAUGCCGCAUUCAGUCUUCACUUCUUUUAGAAAAUUUACCAUCAAAACUAUAUGAUGAAAUUUGUGCUAUCACUCCUAAUGAAUAUAUGGAAAAUGAUAAUACGAAAAUAGAAUUUUCAUGUUUAUUGGAAUUAGAAGCUACUGACGAUCCUCAUAAACUUUCUAAGAAAAUAGCAGAACUUGUUGAACAAGGAGACGGAUAUAAUUACAUGUUUGAAAGUUAUGACUUAAAAAAGGUUCCUGGAAGUCAUUCAUUCUGGUAUUAUUGUUCCCAAUGUCAAACACUUAAAAAAAAACCUCGAAAGCAUAAAGAUUUAGAAAAACAAAGAGAUCGUGAUAAAACUACAAAUUUAUUAUUUAGAAUUGAACAAGAUAAAGAAAAUCAACCGAAUAUAAUGAAUAUUGAAAAUAUUAAAGAGUUGGAAAAUUAUAAAAAUAGCGAUGAAGAUUUAGAUGAUUUAUAUCAAAACUAUGAAUUAUAUCUUACUAAAGCACUUAAAAUUGUACAAGAGCAAAAGGCAAUACAAAAUUAUAGAUGGGCAAAAUCUGUAAAAGGCAGUUUUGCAGGGUUACAAAAAAUGGUAACAGAUAUUGAAACAUAUAAAAGAAGAACAACAAAUCCUUGA